AUGGAGGACCUUGAGACGAGCUUUCCAUUGAUAGUUGAGGCAAGGGCAUCGAUUGCCCAGGGAGAGUUUGAACAUGGAAUUGGAAUAUACACUGAGAUUCUGGAGACUGUGAAUCCAGAUGAUGGAAAAAGCCCAUACCUGUACCUUGAGUAUGCAGAUGCACUCAUUAUGAAUGCAAACAUGUUUUUCAUGGAUGAGGUUUCACGGAUCAGUGAGAAGAAGGGACUGAAUCUUGAGGAAAGGAAGUGGGCGGAAGAUGAUCUUGAAACGGCAUGGAACAUGCUAGAGAUAUGUAAGAAUGCAUUUGUGAUUCUGAAAGACUAUUCAUGCCUUGCCAGAUCAAAGUUUCUAUUGGGUGAGAUAUGUCUGUUAAACAAUGAGUUCCGAGAUGGAUUGCAUGAGCUUAUUGAAUGUGUUGCUGUGAUGGACAAGAUAUACGAGAAGGACUAUCUUGGAUAUGCAGAUGUUUACCUAUCUAUUUGUAAUUGCUAUGAGUUUCUAGAGGACUUUGCAAUGAGUAAAGAGUAUUGCAACAAGGCGGUGAUGGUUUACAAUGCAGAGAAGGAAAGAAGCAGCAGCGAAGAAAGCAAGAACCAAAUAUGUGAUCUCAUAAGCGAACUUCUGCAAAAAGCCAAUGUGCUUGAAUAUAAGGAGCAGCGCAUUGAGAAUGCAAGUCUUCCAAGCGAGCAGGAGCCUGAUGAUGUUGUGAUUAAUAUAAAUGCCUGUAAACGUAAUAAAAGGUGA